CUUUCUUAUCCCACCUGUUGCUUCACCUGACUCUUCUCCCACCUGCGUCAUGCGUACCUGUUCUAAAAAUGUUGCUUUGUAGUCUGCAUUGCAUACAAAGUCGUCUUUUGUAAACAAACAUCCACUUGAAUCAUCAAAAAUCAUCAGUUUGCACACCCUUAACGACCCUCAAGAUGCAGCGCCCCCUUCUCGUAGUGCUCUUCGCCACCCUUGUCACUGCCAAUGUCAACCAAUGCCGGUCGCAGCUCCUCAAGGGGUGCGAUUGCGGGAAAAUCUACUUCGAAUCGCAGACUUUAUUCACCGUGAAUUGCACGAAUCUCUCAUUUCGCAACACUGACAUGCUCCAGGAGCUCCCGGAGGAGACCCAGAUGCUCAUUUUCACCGGAAAUCACAUCCCGGUGCUCGAGAUGAACGUCUUUGGGGAGGAUUUGGACCUGAGCGAAUUGAAAAUCGUGGACAUGAGCAACAAUGGGAUCAGGGAAAUCAAGGGUAAAGCCUUCCAUCAUGUCCCAAGUGUGCAAAGAUUGAUCCUCAACCACAACAACAUCUCAAUAGCGAACGAAGACGAUGGGAAUUUUCACCACCCUCGAGUUUUCUCAAAUUUUUACAACUUGAAAGAGUUGCAUUUGACGAACGCUUUUGCUGAUAACACCGACGCGGCUUUAGCUAACGACUUGCAUGACAUUUUUGUUAACAGUAAUUUAACCAAGUUGUACAAACUUCAUUUAGAACAAAACGAGAUCAAAUUCUUCAAAGACGAGAACGUUUUCUGUGAUUUACCCGAUUUGCAUGACAUUUAUCUAGGUGAUAACAAUAUUCCCAAACUCAACUUCAAUUUGAGGUGUUUGAAGAAGUUGAGAUACUUGGAUUUGGAAAAUAACAAUAUUACCAAGUUUAGCGAGGCCGAUUUGAGCGAUUUUGAUAGUUUGGUGGCACCCACCAGGCAUUUUACACUGGAAAUCCGGGGAAAUCCCUUCAGGUGUGACCAAGCUAUCAGAAAUUUGUACAAUUGGCUCCUCAAAACACAAGUUGAAGUGCGGAACAAAGACCAUUUGGAGUGCCACCAAGCCAAAUAUGGCAACAAAUAUAUUCUCAACUUGAAAAACUUGGCUGCAGCUAAACAUGCCAAAAUUUCACAAGGCAUAACUGUCUUAUUAAUCGUUUUAACCAUAGUUUUACUAACUCUACUAGCCACUUAUGCGUAUUUGAAGAAAGAUAAAGUUAAGACUAGAUUUGGGCCUGUCGUUGAGGCCUUGACGAGGAAAGUGCAUUACACAACGAUAGAUUCCCAAGAUGUCUGAUCUCUAAUUGUGUUCCUAACCCGAAAUUUUGUGAUUUUGUGUGUAUAUAAACCUAAAAAGUGUAAAUAACAAAUCGCUUUUUAAAUUUUCGUAAUUUAAUGUAAUUGACUCGAUUGUAUUUUAUACAUUUUUAUUAAUAAAAUAAGUU